AUGGAUGUGGAUGUGGCGAGCCAGAGUAAGAGUGUUACGCCUAUGGACCCCGUCACCAUAACGCCAGAAGAGGUGGCUGAGGCGGUCCGUAGGGCCCCAAACUGGAAAAGUCCGGGGCUCCACGGGCUGCAUCAUUACUGGCUGAAGGGGUUCGUAGUGUGUCACGCUGUGCUCACCCGACAGUUCCAAGAGGCUCUCAACGAGAAGUCGUUCCCGACCCUCUUCACUACUGGGAUCACUCAUUUGGUUCCUAAAGAUCAGGAUACCACAGACCCGAGCAAAUACCGUCUCAUCACGUGUCUACCCACCAUAUCCUGUAUAUGUCCCAGAAUUAGUGAAUCAAACUGCUAUGGGAGGUAG